GAUAACCUAAAACACCAUCGCCUUGUUUGGGAGCGGACGGACGUGUUCACCAUCAGCAACGCUCUGCAUCUCGACGCCGUGCGGCGAUGCCCCGACCACAGUCUCUUUGAUGUGCUGAUGAGCCUGUUCAAGCGCUCUGUGAAUGUGGACCAGGACGGCAUUGGGUGGAUUCCCGUGCUCCUGCGCCCAGGCCGCACCGCGCCUGGGCUGAAGGGGCGGAUCUUCUCCGGCAUCGGUCGGGUGCCCGCACAGGAGGCGCCUGCCAAAAAGCGCAAAGCCAAUGAGGGCGCCGUGGAUUCCGCUCGGGCAGAGUUCAUGAAGCAGCUGCCGCCGGAGAUUCGCAAGGAGAUCGAGAUGGGGGUCCCAGACACGCUUGUGGGGCGCUCUGCAUUUGCCUUCAAGAAGUUGGUCCGCUACAUUGCGCGGCAUCGCCUUGGAACCGUCGAGCUGGACAUCACGAACUCGUUCUUCCAGCUCUUGAACCGACAGAAGCCGCUGCCGCCCAUCAUGGCGGAGUACCUGGACCACCGUGAGGAGAAGCUCGCGCAGAUCGGCCGCGUGCUCUUCCACAAGCUGCCCGAGGUGCUGCAGGACAUACCCUUGGCUUCGGAUGAGGGGGAGCGCGGCGAGGUGGCUGCUUGGCUCUACGGCGUCGAGACGGCGGCGCGCCUCUACCACGUGGCCGUUUUUGAGCUGCUGCCACAGAAGGCCAAGGACUGGCACAUGGAGCAGGGCCGCUCCACUGCCUCGGGGGCCUUUGCCCUGUACGCCCACCACGAGAGGUUGCAGAUGGAGAAGAUGGCGGCGGCAGCGGGCAGGGCCUUCAACGGUACCCCAAAUUGGCAGCACGUCAUACUUGGACGGGCGAGGGCAAACACCGUGGACUUUGCGAAGCUGGCGGCGGCGAAGCUGGUCCCGGUCGUACACGUUCCGGUGGAGGGGGGUGAGAAGAGGACCACCUACGAAAGCUUCGAGAAGGGAGGCUUCUGGCUGGUGCGAAACCGGGACGACUUGGGCCCCGAUGAGAACUACGUGCCGCCGCCGCCCCUCAACGAUAAUGCCUUCUUCACCGGUCUGUCCUCGUCCGUUCUGGGGCGUCUGGCAGGCCCGCAGAUGGCGGACCUCGACGGCGACGAGACACGGCACAAAAUCCUCUUUUGCGACGGCAUGCUCUACAAUUUCAAGGAGCGUGUCCUCCGAUCACCGAUCCCCGCCGACCGCAUGGGCUUCCACGCGGCGGCGACCUCAGAGAUGUGGCAGCCGAGCAAGGCGACCAAGCUCUUCGAGCACAUCCUGGCUUUCUUGAGGGAGCAUGUGGAGACGGGGGUGUGUCUGCUCGAGGCCAGCGAGAAUGGCAAACAGGUCAUCGAGUGCUUCGAGGAAUUGGAGCAGGACGGGUGCGAGAUCCUCCGCCACAGGAAGGUGUACGGGGACUGGGACUCCGUCCUGUACGAGCUGCGUCUCAUGACCAGGGCCAUCUCCGCGACGCCGCGGUUCUGCGAGAUGUACUACAUCUGGGAAGCCAGGAUUCCGGGAAGGACUCUAGGCAAGCGGCUGGCCUGGGCCAGUGAAGUCCCCGAGCACUACUCGUUGGCGGAUGACUUCAUCAAGCCCUUUUGGACAUGGAAGACAACGGUCAGCUUCACCUUGAAGCCGUCCAUGGCCACCGUGGAGCGAGCCGUGGAUGGCCUCAAGACCCGGAUAAACCAAGGAGAGUUCAACAAGUACAUGUUCUUCCUUGCGGCAAAUCUCGUGGACUCGUUGGAGAUGGAGUACAACCCAGGCACCGAGAUCAAGCCGCAGCCACCGGAGAUGAAGAUGAGCGCCAUGGACCUGGUCCCAUGUGCAGACAAGGACGAGGAGGCCAAACCCGAGGCCUUCAUGGCGGAGAUGUGUGAGCGGGUGCCCUUGAAGGAAGCAAGCCUCCACACGGAGCUGACGAUGGCGCUGAAGACCUACCUCAGCCUGGACACCUUGGGCGCGGCAAAGAGCGUGAUCUCGAAGUUGGGGAUCAAAG